GUGUUUUCAUUGAUGUUCAGUGUGUCCCAAAAAGCAGGAAAAUAAGCGAAAAAUUGAUGUAGGAGCUGCGGGAAUCGUUUGCAAAUGUAACAAUCAUCCUCGUAUCGGUAAAAAAGUGCGAGAACAAACGACGAAUUACUAACAACACUCGAACGCGUCACCUUAAACAAGGCAUUCAGCAGUGUCCCAUCGAAGGAAUCCAAUUCUAAUGUGGGGUAGCAAUACGAUAAAGGAAAUGCUAAAGCGGACUCUAAUAUUUGCUUCGAAAAUUUGGACAUGCAUUCUGUACAUCUUCAAUAGGCAGGUUCGAAACUUUGUACAGCAUCAACCCGUGAAAUAUGAAUUAUUUCCUCUUUCGCCCGUUUCGAGGCAUCGACUGACGUUGGUACAGAAGAAAACGCUCGUAUUGGAUCUCGAUGAGACGCUAAUUCACUCGCAUCACGACAGUAUGCCACGCACAAACACAGUUAAGCCGGGCACUCCGCACGAUUUCAUCGUCAAAGUUACGAUCGAUCGGCAUCCAGUGAGAUUUUUCGUGCAUAAACGACCGCACGUUGAUUUUUUCCUCGAUAUCGUAUCCAAUUGGUAUGAUUUAGUGAUUUUUACGGCGAGCAUGGAGAUUUACGGUGCUGCAGUCGCUGACAAACUAGACAACGGUAGAAAUAUACUGAAACGAAGAUACUACAGACAGCAUUGUACGCCGGAUUUUGGCUCUUAUACGAAAGAUUUGUCUGCUAUAUGUAGUGAUUUAAAUAGGAUAUUUAUUAUUGAUAACAGCCCAGGAGCUUACAGAUGUUUUCCUAACAAUGCGAUACCGAUCAAAUCAUGGUUUUCCGAUCCCAUGGAUGUCUCCCUUUUGUCUCUAUUACCUCUCUUGGAUGCUCUAAGAUUUACGCAUGACGUUCGCUCGGUUCUUUCAAGGAAUUUACACCUUCAUCGUUUAUGGUAGCAACAUGAACCCCAAAAAUAGUGAGUCUGCAUUUGAACAACAAGAAACAAAACAACAACCAUCAACUGCAACAACCUGGAAUAAAAGAAACUUUUAUUUACGUAAAAAAAAAAUAAUGAAUGUUAUUUUUGUCUCCUCACGAAAAAAAAAUUAAAAAUUUACACAGCUCUGAUUCUAUAACGAUAUACGAAACAAAAAAAAAUUUAAAGGAUCCAAUGCACACUUUUUAUAUUAAAAAAAAUAUCUUAUCACUUUUUAAUAAUAUCAUGACAUCCGAAGCCGAAAGCCUCACUCAAGAUUUAAGAAACAAAAAAAUUUUUAGAUAUUAAUUUACCUUUGCAGUUCCUCGACUUA